GUCAGAAGAAAAUCAAAACUCAGCAAAAAGACGAUAACUUUCUUCAAGAAAAUCAGAAACCCAUUUGACUCCUCGAUCUCAAAUUCGAAACCUUUACUUCCACUUCUGUCCGAAACGAUCUAAAAAAGGAUGGUGAAACCAUCUGAUUUCAAAGCAAUCCAAAGCUUUAUCCGGUCACAUUACACCCGGGUCAACCCGGUCACCAUCCCCCGGUCAAACCCAUCGCCUUUCCCAUCAUCGAACGGUGUUCCCUCCCACCAGCUCCACACUAGAUUCACCUUCUCAUCAACGAACGUGAACGUGGGCUUAUCUCAGAUCCUCUCCUCUCCGCUAAAGCUGCAACCUUUGGGUCUGCCACGUGUGCAAAACGCGAACUUUCCGUUUGCGUUUAGGUUUGUGACGACUAAGAGCUCUGGGGGGUUUCGGAAAGUUGAUGGGAGCUUUGCGAGGAAAGUUGUUGAUAAGCCUGUGAAAGCUGUUAGCUCCAGCUUCGUUAGGUACCGUGAGGCUAUAGGGUUGCAUGUUGAUGCGUUUUGGAAGAAGAAUAGUCUUGUUUUGUAUGGAGCUGGUGGUGUCUUUGUGUGCAUCUUCCUUUGGAGGAUUAUGUUUGGGAUUGCGAGUACUUUUGUUGGGCUCUCUGAGGGUAUGGCUAAGUAUGGGUUUCUUGCUCUCUCCUCAGCUAUUGUUGCAUUCUCUGGACUAUACCUGCGCUCAAGGUUCACAAUAAAUCCGGAUAAAGUAUACAGGAUGACAAUGAGGAAGAUCAACACAGCAGCUGACAUUCUAGAAGUUAUGGGUGCUCCUUUGUCAGGAUCGGAUUUGAGAGCUUAUGUGAUGUCAGGUGGUGGCAUAACAUUUAAGAAAUUCAAGCCAACAAUUAGGAGCAAGCGUUGCUUUCUCCUGUUCCCUGUUCAAGGUUCUGAGAGAAAGGGACUUGUUAGCGUUGAAGUUAAGAAGAAGAAAGGCCAGUAUGACAUGAAGCUUUUGGCGGUGGACAUUCCAAUGGCAUCUGGUCCUGACCAACGGUUGUAUUUGAUUGGAGAUGAAGAAGGGUACAAAGUAGGAGGUGGUUUGAUCUCUGAACUAAGAGACCCUGUUGUGAAAGCCAUGGCAGCGACUAAGGAGUUCGAUAAUCUUGACAGAAUUGAAGAGGAAGAAGACGCUGAAAGAGAACUUCAAGAAGCUGAAAGAAAGCACCGUGAAGAGAUUGAGAAGCUCGAAAAAGAGAGCUCUUAAAUUCGUUUUUUUUUUAUUUCCCUGGAAAACUUGAAAACGUUUUCUUCAGUAUCUCAUCAGUGGUUAUAAUAAAAGAAGAACAACAUCUUGUAUUACCACUCUUUUUUUGUCUUGUAUCAGAGUAUGAUGCUACACUGAUCUACAUUGGUGUAGAAUGAGAGGCAAGAAGGAGCUACUCUCUGAACCAUUUACUGAGCUAUAAAUCAACAAUCAAUUCAUUUCAAAUCGAA